UCUGAAUGAGAGGAGCAUCAGAGCACCGUUGGCCUUCUCACGAGUGGGUCUGUCUCCGGCUGUCCGACACUAUGCAGGCCCUCGCACUGGUUUUCCUCUGUCUCUGCCUAGCUGGGAGCAGCUGGGCUCAGAAACCUCGUCCUUGCGCCUCCCCACCUCUUCAGGUUGGAAGCUUCAGUUCGAUGGAUGGCAAAGGGAAUUUAGCGACUUACGGGAAAUACAGGUACGAUGCACUGGGGCAGAAGGUGCGAUUCUCUCAGAUGCGGACGUACGAAAAUAGAACAACGACCGUUGACCUGCUGGUGCUCUUCAAUGAGCGCGUCUUGUACCAAAUCGACUGGCUGAGAUUCAGCUGCAAGAAGAAGGCGCUGAGCUCGGAAUUUCAGCCGAUGGAGGUGCCACGUGACGCCACACUCAUGGGACAGGUCGUAGUCGGCACCGCUUCUGCUUUCGGACAGGGUCUGCUGGUGAACACCUGGGUUGGACAUGACGCAGAGAAAAACGGCACAUACAUGGCCGUCUUCACUGGUAUCGGUUGCCUUCCCGUCAGCGCUAUGUACCACAAGGAGGAGACAGGAUGGACAAUGCUCAGCUUUUUCAACAUUCUGCUCGGCAUUGACGACCCCCAAGUCUUUUUCCCGCCCGCGUUCUGCAAAUACGCUCCGCUGGAGGGAACAACCAACGUCUUUGAUGCCAUACUUGACAAAGACCUAAUGCAAGAGUAGGCAAUGAAGCAUUAAAUCUUCAAGGCUCAACUUAAUUUUUUCUUAUGUUUUAACUGGUUCAACUUAAGUUUUAACUGGUUCUGUCAUUGGAAUGUAUCCAUUCUUUCAGACGGUUUCUUCUUUUUAAUAUGAUUUUGAUAUAGUAAACUAGAACAACAAAAUAUAU